CUCCUAAGGAUGCGAUUUGGAAAUCAAUCACAAUCCUUUGAACCAAUCAGAUUGCAGGAUUUGGUAGUGAUUACAAAAAGGAUAUGAUUAGGGGUUGAAAUCAACACGAUUUUAAAUUAUGCGUACCUUUUAGGGGUCUUUUUCAAAAUCGACCGCCGAACACCCCUACUCGCGGAGUUGAGGGGUGGGGUUUCGCGGAGUUGCCCGGCCUCACUUUAAUUGCCGGYAUCAAGAAAAAAGAGAGAUUUUGUAACGUAGCUGUCGAUCUUGAAAAUCCAUUAAAAUUUUUUUCUCAAAAUGUCUUUACUGUAUUAUAUUUAUCUGUCUAAUUUGUUUCCAAUUUUCUUGCAUGGCCUUUUCUCCCCUCUUCUUUUUUAAGCAAAACAACAACUUAACAGGGGGMAACAACCAAAGAAAGGGGCAAAAGCCGGUAAAAAGAGUAAAUAAAAUAAAGACAACGACAAAAAACAAAAACAAAAAAGACUUGAAAAAGCAUAACCUUUGACCCAAACGAACAGUCACGUGAUAUCUAUUGGUGUUGUGGGUAUCCUGUGGUGGCAGGUCUCAUGGAUUGAGACGGGUUCGUCUUUUUCUGUCCAGAUUUACUAACUCGCUACAUAUUUGAUUUUUUAACUCUCAAAACAGCUUCAAAACAGUACUAGUUUCACAAUGAGUGGUACUUGUGACAGCAGUGGACUUGAAGCGAAGCUCGAAAAACUUGAUAUUAGUCAAACUGGUGACGAAAAACCUGCUCAAGUCAAGAAAAGAGCAGGACUUGUUUAUGAUGAGAGGAUGAAGAAACAUGCUAAUAUCUGGGACAAAGAUCAUAUGGAAGUCCCAGACAGAUUAGGAAGACCUUACAACAAGCAUAUUGAGUAUGGCUUACUUGAAAGGUGCUAUCGAAUACCUUCAAGAUUUGCUACUGAAGAUGAAUUAUCAACUUUUCACAGCAAGAAGCACAUUGACAAAAUGAAAAGUACACAGGGGAUGAAAACAAGAGAUCUCUUCAAUUUGGGAGAAGAAUAUGAUUCUAUUUAUAUGAGUGAGGUUAGUGGUCAGCUGAGAACUGAUGUGAAACCUAAAGAAUUCCUCACACAGCUGGGAGACAAGUAUGAGUCUGAUUAUAUGAGUGAGCAUGUAUAUGAGUGUGCUCUCUUAGCUUGUGGGUGUACCCUGGAAGCAGUGGAACAUGUUGCAACCAACAAGGUGCAAAAUGCUGUAGCAAUAGUCAGGCCACCAGGUCACCAUGCCGACACAGAUAGUGCUAUGGGUUACUGCUACUUUAACAAUAUAGCUAUUGCUGCCAAGAUUGCACAGCAAAAGUGGGGAAUGAAAAAAGUUCUCAUCGUUGACUGGGACAUUCACCAUGGUAACGGUACACAGAGCCUGUUUGAGUCAGAUCCAAGUGUGUUAUACUUCUCUACCCAUGUCUACCAACACGCCAGGUUCUACCCUUUCUCGACGAUAGCAAACUAUGAUGUCGUUGGUGAAGGCCCAGGGAAGGGCUUCAACAUCAACGUUCCCUGGAACAAGUUCCAUAUGGGUGAUGCAGACUAUUUAGCUGCGUUCCAACAUGUGUUGUUACCAAUAGCAUACGAGUUUGACCCAGAUAUUGUAUUAGUAUCAGCAGGGUUUGAUUCUGCCAGGGGAGAUCCCAAGGGCCAUUGUGACAUCACUCCAGAAGGCUAUUGUCAUCUUACUAAUCUGUUAAUGAGUUUAGCAGGAGGCAAGGUGGUCAUCGUACUGGAGGGUGGAUACAACUUGACUUCAGUAGAAGAAUCCAUGUGUAGCUGUACGUCUACACUACUUGGUGAUCCUUGUCCAAGGCUGGAAGGUGGCUCCCUCGUCCCAUCAAGAAGUGCAAUGGAAUCGAUAAAGAAUGUUAUUAAUGCUCACAAGCCGUAUUGGAAAUGUUUGGAAUUCGUUGAUGUUAGCAUACCUGAUGCAGAAGAAAAGGAUGAAGAGGAAAUUACGAGAUAAUGAUAAUGUGGUUACGGAAGAUUUGAUCGCGACUCAAGAGUGAUAAAGAAGUACUGCUUAAACGUAACUAAAACGAAAUGUUAUCGGUA